CUUAUAAUGUCCAUCAAACUCUCUCGUAUAUAUAUGUAAUAACGCAUCCUUCGUUACUCCCACCACCCGAAAAAAGAAAAACACUCGAGAAAAUCAUCAUACAAAAGUUUAAGAUCUGAUCGACCAAAAAAAAUGGCGAUAAUGGUAGCCUUGCUUCUUGCCAUUGUUUUCAUGACAAUGGCCUCAUUAGGUCAUGGACUUCCUGAAGAUGGAAACCCGAAAGCCGUGGAAGAAUGGCCCAAACGAUUCCCAAAUGCAAUGCCUAAGCACACAAAGUUUCGGUUGUACCUUAACAACAUUCUCACUAUGGACCCUCCGGCGAGUGUCGCGGUUGCUAAGGCCACCACCACCGACUCCACGCCGACUAGCUUUGGCUUAGUGAGAGUCAUAGACGGUCCGAUGGCCGAGCAGCCAAUGAACGAGAACCCGAACGCCACGAUUGUCGCUCGGGUUCAAGGGCUCGGUGUAUUUGCCUCACACACAGAAGUCGGUAUCCUUGAAGCUAUUAGCUUCGUUUUCGUCGACGGCGAAUUCAAGGGCAGCACUCUCACCGCCUUGGGGCGUCUUGCGCCGGCGGAAGGGUGGUGCGACAUUUCAGUCAUCGGUGGAUCGGGUGAAUUCCGGAUGGCGCAAGGAAUUAUUUCGUCCAGGAUUUACUAUAUUGAUCCCACAGUUGGAGAUGUUCAAGAGAUGAUUUUUGACUUCGACUAUUACCCAAGUGCUAAAAUCAUGCUACCCAGGGAUGAAUGAAGAAAGUGACAGUGUCACUCUUGUGUGUUACUGGCCCAUGGAUUUCUUGUCCCUUUGCAUUGUGUCGAAUUUUCAACUUUUACUUUACUUCCUGUUUCAUGUAUACUCAAUAAAGCUACGUGCCAUGCUGGCACGCGAAAUGAAAUAAUGCAAGGUUUUUAUUUUCCCAACUUCCGUUAAUAUCAAUGGUUCAAAAUGGCAAAAAUAGUAACC